AUGUCGGGCCGGUACGAGCGGGUCAACGCCCACGACGACUCCGACUCCGAAACACCCACCCCCCCCGUGCCAAGACCGACCUACCCGAUCCCCAACUCGCCACCACCAUCCUUCCGCUCGCGGGCCUCCUCGCGCGACCGCUCCAACCGACCCGUGAAUCCUGAUUUAGUCGAUGCGUUUGAUGCCGCCGGCGACGAUAGCGAUGAGGAUGAGGACGGGAGCGAUGAUCGUCAGAGGCUGGUGAGGGGGAACUCGACGCCUUCGUUUCGGAGUGAGGGUACCGCGGGGCGCACGGGCGCGGUAACGCAGAAUGGGUCGCAGCAACAAGCUGCUACCACGGUAGGACAACCGACGGCGGUGGUGGCGCCGACUUCGUCGAGGGUUUAUGGGGGUGGGAUUCAGUCGGAUGGGGUGUUUUCGAACUUGUCUGCGAAGCCGGAGACGGGGGAGGGCGAGAAGGAUGAGAUGCCUCCGACCUACGAACAAGCCGCAGCGGACCAAGCCCCCCCCUACUGGGAAACUACGAUCCUCGCUCCCGGCCUCGGCGGCCCCGACGAGGUCUUUAUCGACGGCCUGCCCGUGGGCACUUUCUUCGGUUUCGCCUGGAACGCCAUGAUCUCCAUGGCGAUCGGCUUCGUCAGCUUCCUGCUGACCUACCUCCUCCACUCAACCCACGCGGCCAAGAACGGCUCGCUGGCCGGCUUGGGAGUCACGAUGAUCCAAUACGGGUUCUCGAUGAAGACCUACUCGUCCGGGGCCGGCGCAGGCAGCGGGAUGCACGCGCACGGGGACGGCGAGGGGUAUGCGGACCCGUCGGACCCGAACUCGCAUGACUUUGACCCGGACGAUGCGAAUGGGGAUGGUGGGAGUGGUGAUAUCUCGGGUGGGGAUUGGGCGGCGUAUGCGUUGAUGAUUGUGGGGUGGUUUAUUCUGAUCAGGGCGGUGGCGAAUUAUAUCAAGGUGCGGCGGCAUGAGCAGCUGGUGUUACAGAGCCCGGAUCGCGGGUUGGGGGUCCCGAUUAUUGCUACGGGGGAGAGCCCGGAGCGGGUGGUCUAUCUCAUCGCUCAACAAUCCCACUUAAAUAAACACACCGUGGCGAUCAAACGACGACUCCUACCUCUGCUCUUGAGCUCUCUCCCAAUCUCCCGAGCUUGUACUUGUCCCGUCCCUGCUGCUGUCAACACUUUCCAACCGGCAGAACCCCAAACCUGCUCUCCAUUUCCGGCGUCCAUCUCCCGCUCCUUCAACACCAUGGCCUGGCGCAGCUCCGGCACAUCCAACCGCGAGUUGAUUGAGAAUCUCUGGCGCAACAAACUAAUCACCAGUCCGGAGGUCGACCGCGCCCACUACACCCCCACCUCCCCCUACACCGACUCCCCCCAACCCAUCGGCCAUCACGCCACCAUCUCCGCACCACACAUGCACGCUUCCGCGGUCGAAUCCCUCCUCCCCUUCAUCCUCCCCUCUCCAUCCCAUCCAGCCCCGCGCAUCCUAGACAUCGGUUCCGGAUCGGGGUAUCUCACGGCUGUGAUGGCGGAGUUGGCGGGACCGAGGGGGGUGGUGGUCGGGGUGGAACAUAUUGAUGCUUUGAGGGAGUUGGGGGAGAGGAAUAUGGGGAGGUCGGAGAAGGGGAGGGGGUGGUUGGCGAGUGGGAGGGUUAGGUUUAGGGUGGGUGAUGGGAGGAGGGGGUGGGUUGAGCCUGCGGAAAUUAGGAAGUGGGAUGUGAUACAUGUCGGUGCGGCGGCGGUGGAGGUACACCCUGAAAUGUUGGAGCAGUUGGCGGCGCCGGGGAGGAUGUUUAUACCGGUUGAUGAUGAGGGGGGAUGGGGGCAGCAUAUUUGGACGGUGGAGAAGGAUCGGGAGGGGAAGGUGGAGAGGAAGAAGUUGUUUGGGGUCAAGUAUGUGCCUUUGACUGAUGCGCCGAAGUAG